UUUAAUAGUCAAGACCCAAAUAUCAUCCUUCCCAUCGUCCACAUUCACCCUCGCCCACCAUCAUCAAUGGACCAUCGAACAUUUCACGGUUCCAGCUUACACCCUUUGACUCUAUUGUUUCUAGACACAGUCACCAUCACGAGCCACUUUUUCUAGUUCAGAUUCCCUCACGCACUCACCCACCGCGUGUCAUAUUCACACACAAUCUCAUAUUUCUUCAACUUCUGCAACUAACAUUUACCACUUGCCACCCUUCAAGAUUCAAAUACCCAUUCAGGGUUUUCUUAAAGUUUCAAUCUUUAUUCGAUUUAGGGCUUCAUUCCAUGUAGGUAUGCUCUUCAAAGUCCAAAGGUUGGUGAAAUGAAUUAAUCUGAUUUUUGUCUUUAUGUAUUGGUGGUUGGUGCUUAGAAUCGUCUUUUAGCUUAAUUAAUCAUGACCCACUAUAACCGGCUUAUGAAAUUGGUCAUAUCUGAAGGGGAAAGUUGACCUUUUUGGAUUUUAGCUUCUGGGUAUGAAUCUUUUUACAGUUUUAUGAGAUGGGUAUUUGUUCUUAAUGAAAAAGAUUUGAUUUUUAUAGAGUAGAACAGGAAAGAUCUGUUUGUUCAAUGAUGUUAGUACAAGAAAGAUUGUUUCUUGAGCAUGCAAAUGUUAAAGAAGAUGGUGUUGUUGGGUACCAACAAUCAUCACCACCAUCAUCUUCAGGUGCUAAAAUAAGCCCUGCAGUUCUGUUCAUUAUAAUAAUAUUGGCAGUCUUGUUUUUCAUAUCUGGUUUGCUUCACUUGCUUGUGAGGUUUUUGACAAAGCACCAGUCUUCGUCGAAUUCCCAACGGUCGAAUCGGUUUCCAGAUGGUUCUCCAUCUGCUGCACUUCAAAGACAGCUUCAACAGCUUUUUCAUUUACAUGAUUCUGGUUUAGAUCAAACAUUUAUCGACGCGUUACCUGUUUUUAUGUAUAAAGAAGUAGUGGGUGCGAAUGAGCCUUUCGAUUGUGCUGUUUGUUUGUGUGAGUUUUCAGAGAAUGAUAAGUUAAGAUUACUCCCAACUUGUAGUCAUGCUUUUCAUAUCAGUUGUAUAGAUACUUGGCUUUUGUCGAAUUCCACUUGCCCUCUUUGUAGAAAUACCCUUUUCGACCCUGGGUUUUCGAUUGACAACCCGAUGUUCGAGUACGAUGAUCCACGGGAACCCGAUGAAAGUGGUAUAAAAACAGUGGAAAAUGAACAGACUCUAGUUGAGAAAGGGGUGUUUUCGGUAAGACUUGGUAAGUUUAGAAAAUUGAGUGAAGGUGAAAGUGAAACAGGCGGUGAGACGAGUAGUAGCAAUUUAGACGCACGAAGAUGUUAUUCGAUGGGUUCGUAUGAGUAUGUGGUAGGCGACACGUAUCUCCGAGUCCCGCUGAGGAGUCGGAGGGAUUUACAAGAUGCAAAAUUUGUGAAAAAUGUUGAACAAAAUGAGCGUAUUGAGGAUCGUACACUUGAUGAAGAUAUGGAAGGGAAAAAGAUAAAUAUUGGUGCAAAAACUGAUAGUUUUUCGGUUUCUAAGAUCUGGUUAUGGUCGAAGAAACGGAAGUUUGCUAGUUCUGAUGAUAAUCAGAUGCAUAAUCCAUCUUCGGUUGACAUGGAAUUACCACGAAUUGGAAGAUUUACAAGAUUUCUGUCAUGGAGAUGAUCAUGUUGUGUACUUUGACAAAAUCUAGUAAUGUUUUGACCAUGGCUGCCAGAUUCAUUCUUGAACAUCCUGAGGACAAAAUCAUCUGUAGUUUCUUCUGUUUGGACGGUUUGAUAUUUGAGUGAUUCGGUCACAGUUUGGCUUUGCCGCUUUGGCAGUUUACCGGUCUGGCCGAUGGUUUGGAAUUUGGAUCCAGUCGUGUAAACCAAACUGAUCGUUUAGCCUUUUUUGCUUAUUUAGUUUUCAUUUUUGGAAUAUGCAGUUAUGUACAUGUAUGAUA